UGUAAUGCAUUGCACUCUGGAAGAGGAGGAGUUGAGUAUCGAUAGAUUGACCCCAAAGUAUGAGAGGUUAGGCAAUGGCGUCGAAUGUCCUGAAAAAGUAGACCUAAUUAUGGCGAAAUGCAAAGAAUUGGGCUCUACUAAUGAUACGAGUGGUCAAUUGUUUUGGGACGUAUUGCAUGGCAUGAAAUUUGUCGGUUACCUAAAACCCAUUCUCCGUGACGUGAUUUUGGAGAGCCCUAGUAUUUCGUUCUACGAGAAAGUUAAUAACUACUGCAAACUGCAAAAUGACACCAUGUUGAAAUAUUGCGCUAUACUCAAUUCGAAAGUGGUCGAAUCGAAAAAACUACGCGAUCGUGUUCUUGGUUAUCUAACCGAUGCUGCCAACCAAGCUAGAAUUAAUUUGGGCGAAGUACUAUGGUAUGGU